AUGUCUCCUUCAGGAGCAUCAUCGUCACAUCUGAGCUAUCUGGAGCAGGCCGCCUCGCUCCUUUGUACCGUGGCCGCUUACAUGCGUUUGCCAGCUUUGGCCUCCACGGGUGUUGCCGCCGUUCUAACAACCCUACUAUACUUCAAGCAAAAAGCGCUAAUAUACCCAUCUCACAUGCCCCCGAAUGCUCGAACUAAUGUACCUCGACCUUCGCAAUUUGGUAUCAAAGAUUUUGAAGAAUUAGUUAUACCUACCAACGAUGGCGAGAAACUAUCGGCGUUCUAUAUACGCGGCCCGAAAGGUGGUCGUAAUUCCAAGUGUACUAUUUUAAUGUUCCACGGUAAUGCUGGCAAUAUCGGACAUCGGCUACCCAUAGCCCGCAUGCUCAUCAACUAUAUCGGUUGUAAUGUCUUUAUGCUCGAGUAUCGGGGCUACGGUUUAUCGACCGGAGAGCCGGAUGAGAAAGGGAUCGCAAUCGAUGCCCAGACCGCCCUAGAUUAUCUACGAAGUCGAGCUGAAACGAGCAGUCACAAGCUUGUUGUUUACGGACAGAGUUUGGGAGGAGCCGUCAGUAUUAAGUUGGUAUCGAAGAACCAACAUGCGGGAGAUAUUGUUGGUUUGAUAUUGGAGAAUACGUUUCUCUCCAUGCGAUCAUUAAUUCCAUCCGUUAUCCCCCCGGCGAAGUAUUUGACUAUGUUGUGUCACCAAGUCUGGCCAAGCGAGUCUAUUUUGCCGUCUAUAACAGAAGUUCCUAUAUUAUUCUUGAGUGGCCUUCAAGAUGAGAUCGUCCCACCCUCCCACAUGAGGAAACUAUACGAACUAGCUACUACACCCACUAAGAUAUGGAAGCCGUUACCGGGUGGCGAUCAUAAUUCUAGCGUAUUGGAGGAGGGAUACUUUGAGGCCAUAUCAGAUUUCAUAUCCAAUAAUGCCGGGGAUGAGAAAUCAUAA